GGAAGGACCUUGCGGUGAAGGGGUAAACUUGACAGCUCUCGCCGGUGAAUCCUACGUGUUUGUUCACCCAAAUCCACGGCCGCGGAUAUGUCCUUAGUUCCUCUGCCUGUGCAAGCUCUGACCCCCUUUUUCUGACACUAGCUUUGUGUCUCGAUCGCCGUCAUCAUGAUCAAAAAAUCAUGCCCCUCCACUGUGGACGACAAGUCAUUUCACCUUUCUUUCCUGGACCAGAACGCUGUCCGGGUAUACAUACAGACACUCAACAUCUUCCCGUUUCCCGAUCAGAACAAUGCAGAGGAUGCCAUACAAGCUCUGGAGAAAGGGCUUUGCCUCACGCUCCAGAAGUACCCGUUCCUUGCAGGCACCCUCAGCCUAGGUGAAUCGGGGAGGCUUUCUCUCGACUACCCAACGAAAGUAUCGGAUGAAGACAUGGUCAGCCUUUUCCAGUCUUCGCAGAUUAAUAGGCACAAUCGGGACUUUCCGCACACUUACGAGCAACUCAAACGAAAGGGUAUGCCGCCAAGUGCCUUCAAGAGUGCCAUGUUCAAACCGGACGACCUUAACAACUAUCCUGGUGUCCCAUCAAGUGGCGAAGGGAUUGUGGACUUUGAGAAGAGCGAUGCACCUGUGUUAAGAGUGCAAGCAUUCUUUGUUCCUGGAGGGCUCGUCCUGAGCAUGUAUGGGCACCACAGUGUGUUGGACUUCUCUGGUAUCACUACAUUUUGGGGAGACUUCGCUACAAAUGUUUCCAAGGUCUCGCAGACGCGCGAUAAGAGGACUUUGGAGGGUCUAGUUCCGACGAGCAUCGCUGAUCAGCAAUCCUCCAUGCGACUCCAACUCGACGAGAAGAUUCCUGCUGAAACAGAUCAGCGCUCCACUGCUGAUUGUUAUUGCGAUGGAGCUUACACAUACAAAAAAACCUUACCACAGGAAACCAAAUGCACUCAGCGACUGCUCGUUAUACCCGCAGCCCGCAUCCGGAAUUAUCGCGAUCGACUCCAACCAUACUUUCCGGAAUCAACCCCGCCUACCCGGUGCAAUGUUCUUGCCGCUCUGGUCUGGACAUACGUUACACGAGCAAGAUCGAAACGGCUGGCUGAAUUUGGAUACACGGAUACCAGCGUCGGAAUUGCCACCGACUUGCGAAAGCGUCAGGAUCCUAAAAUGGGAGCAGAGUACAUGGGCAACAUGGCACUCUUCUCUCGCGGCACAUUGAAGAUCGCGGAUCUUGCCGCCGAGGACCGUGUAACCAACUCCACUAUUCUCCACGUCAUCAAGAAGAUUAAGAGCACUAUCGCAGAAGUGAACAACGAUUGGGUUACUCGCCACCUUACCUUUUUCAAGUCCAUCGAACACAUUCAAGACACAGAGUGUGGGCUUGCUCUUUUUGGCGGGUCGGACAUCUAUAUCACCUCUUGGUUGAACUUCGGCGCGGAUCUACGUUGGUGCAUACCCGGCACCGACUGUACACAGGGCGGUCUCGAGGGUCGACCUGAGUAUGUCAGACGCGCGUAUGGUCCUGGCGACGGCGGUAUGAUUUUCCUUCCACGACGACGAGAGCCCACAAAGGGUGGUGAGGCGCCUUUUGAGAUCCUUGUCCGCCUUGCCGACGAAGAUAUGCAACGUUUGCUGAAUGAGAAGGGCGGAUUGGCCAGUUGGGCUGACGCGGUGAUUGAGUAAGACGCUGGCGUUGAUGCUCUCAUCGACAUGUUUUUUUUGAUACCUUUUCUUACGUCCUUGUUUCUCAUGAGCGAGUUUAUUUUCUGUUUACAUUGCUCUCAUGAUCUUUGCGUUAAAGCGUUGGGCAUUGGGCAUUGGGCAUCGGUUAUGGCAUCGGUUAUGGUAUUGGCUAUGGUACUGGCUAUGGUAUUGGCUAUGGUAUUGGUUAUGGUAUCGGUUAUGGCAUAGGGCAUGGCACUGAGCACUGGUUAUUUCUUUUACGUCUGGGUCUGGACAUCUGAUAUCCUGUACAACUAGCUGUUUUUCUUUACGUUUCUGAGGUUCUUUUUCUCUACCUCAUCCUAUUACGGCGAUGAGAGGUAGCUGGCCUAUGUGGGUGUUGCUUUUUAUUGUAUCUAGGUUCGUGUGUGUUUAUCCUUUUUUAAGCUUAGUAGCCUGCGAGUACCAACAAUGGCGAUUCAAGUCUUUCGGUUCCGAUCUGGAG